AUGUCAGCACCGAAAGAUAGCACAGGUCCGGAGUGGCCAAGCUCAUCGAACUCGUCGGAUAACGAAAAAGGUAACGACACCGACAUCUCACAACCCGACAAUGAAUCCACUCCAACACCACCAGCGGUCGAAUUCGAUAAUCCUAAAGGGUGGAUAGCUGUAGCAGCAGCAGCAUGUUCUCUCUUCGUUUACCUCGGUGUGAUCUACUCCUGGGGCAUCAUGCAAGUCAGACUCGUCGAAGUAACCGGAACAAACCUGACGACCUUGACCUUCGUCGGAUCACUCGCAACAUCAUUCAUGAUAUCGCUCAGUAUUCUCUCUGGAAUCGCUGUUCGAAAGCUUGGUUAUCAGAAGACUGCUCUAGCUGGUGGUGUCUUGAUGGGCCUGGGUGAAUUCCUUGCCAGUUGGACGACAAAACAUGUUGGAGCUCUUUUUGUCUUCCAUGGUGUGAUAUUUGGCAUUGGAGGAGGAUUAUCCAUCUUUGCAUGCUCGACUGCUCCGCUGAGGUGGUUCAAGAGACACCGUGGCCUGGCUAUGGGUAUCGUGUUUGGCGGAGGCAGCCUUGGUGCAGCUGUCAUGAGUAUCGCGACGAAUCUUCUCGUGAAACAAGUCGAUGUCGCGUGGACGUUCCGCAUUCUUAGUUUCAUGCUCUGGGGAGUCUGUAUCCCAGCUUCAUACUUCAUCCAGCAACCCGAGGGAUCCAUGAGUGCCGGCUUGAAGCUUCAGUGGCAUCGCUUCCGAGAACCUCGCUUCCUCCUCAUCAUCGCCGGCACAGCUUUGUCAUGCUUCCCCUUGUUUGUCCCACCAUACUUCAUCCCCAUCUUCACUCGAUCCAUGGGAUACUCUAAUCAGAUUGCCAUUAUCAUCCUGGCGGCUUGGAAUUUAGCUUCUACCGUUGGCCGGGUUUUAGGAGGCUAUACUGCAGACCACUUGCUUGGUCCUUUGAACAGCUUGAUUGUCUGUCUCCUCUUUAUUGGUCUCAGCUCGCUCGUCGUAUGGCCAUUGGCGUCCUCGGUCGGAAUCUUCUCCGUCUUCCUCGUGUUCAACGGCAUUGGCUGUGGAGCUUUCUUCAGUCUGGUUCCUCCCAUGCUCGGCGCCACAAUGGGACCAGAGAAUACUCUCGGCAUCUUGCCUAUCGUUUGGACUACUUGGUUCUGUGGAUUCUUCUUCGGUACACCUAUUGCUUCGGGAAUUUACUCGCUUGCAGACAGUGGCGAUACCAGUCUUUCAGUAUUUAGGCCUGCUGCUUAUUAUGCGGGUGCGAUGUCAAUCGUGGGUCUUUUAUUCAUCGUCUAUAUUCGUUUCAGCUUACAGAGACGCAUACUGGCCUGUAUAUAG